AUGACAUCAUUUCUGUUACGACAGUCGUUUCAAAGUGGAUCAACAAUACCAGUCGGCCGACAUCGAUUCGUCUUCGCUGCUCCCGAGCCGCUCCAACAAAUCGAGAGAUUCAAACUUUCGCGUAACAAAAACAUAACAUUGACGGCAAAUUUGGAGCAGGCUGUAAAUACAGGACGUUGCAAGUUUAUUGCACGUCAUUUAUCACCGCUGCCCGAGGAGAAGCCCGAGACCACGUCUGUGCUGUGCAACGACAGAGACGUCGCGGACGUUUUCAGGAAGAAGCCGUAUCAGGUCGUCGACGAGCUGGCGAAAGUCACAUACACCACCAAGCACAGGUGGUACCCCAGGAGCAGAGACAAGAGGGCGAAGGACACGAAACCCGACAGGCCGUACUUGUAAUAUUCGAAGAGGGAUGGAUCCGAAGGGCUUUCUCUCGGCGAAAAAGUACUAUAUUUAAUUCACCUUACACAUGCAGUUGUUGUACUCUCCGAAAUGUGUAUUAAUAAAUGUACAAAGACAAUUGUUAAUAUCUGUCUGUAUAAAUAGGCUGCCUACAUAGUACAUUUCUUUUACAGAGCUUAAAUACAUUGUCAACACCACACUUUUAUGCUAUAAAUUAAAUGUAUAUGUAUUCACGGUUGCAUUACAAUAUUAGAUAGAUAUAUCC